UCCGCGACAGCUUUACCAGGCGCCGCGCCUCCCAACCCUGCUCGAGAAAAAAUGUCGAAAGCUACGCUGCCGCAGUCGCCCGACGACUCGCCCUACAUCGACCCCGUCGCUGGCUCCUCGUCCGAGGAGGAAGAGCAAGAAUACGAGCUCGACGCUGACGAGACGAGCGACGAAGGCCGCCAUGGCACAAAGGGCAAGCAGAGCGGGUCUGGCGGGACUGAGGCCGACAAUGGCAUGGACGCAGGCGCCAACGGUGCAUCCGAUGGCGCACAAACAGGCAUUCUGCCCCGGGAUAAACAGCGCAAAACGGCCUUCUACGAUCGCGCGUCCGAGAAACAAAUGAGCCACUCUGAGGCCAAGCAGUUUUUCCAACGCCAUCAGCUCGAAAGCCAAAGCGCCCUGUCACAAGACGGCUACAGCUCAGCCUACCCACCCAAGAGCUUCCCCGCUCACCUGGGCCUGGAAUCAGACGCUGUCAGUCGCACGGGGAGCUUGAGGUCGCACCGUAGCGCGCAUAAUCCUCCAAUCAACAGGGGAAACAGUUAUCGAUCGUCGCUACCCAUUGAGGUUGACGCCCCCACCGACAAAGCUGCCAGCAUUGCAGGUGGGCCGGCGCAAGGGUUUGAUGAUCCCGUCUACGCCCAUGCUCUCGUAGAAGAGGACCCUUUUCUCCAAGCCGAUCAGUCAGCUCGCGCACACAAUACCCAUCCUGGUCUUCCGCAUGAACAUAAGCCGCUGCUAGAAAUGCAAGGGAUACACGGAGCAGGCGCGGGAAUCGGGAUGGGCAGCGGUGCCGGAGGCUAUGCCGCAGAUGAUGCUAGCGUUACGGCCGAGCUCAUCAAUAUCUAUACCGAGAUUCAGAAGGUCCUCGACAUACGGCACAAGUACAUUCGACUGUCUCUUCAAGGCCAGUUCGACAACCCGAGGGAUGACCCCGCUUGGAGCAUCUACCCACCUCUGCCUGACCCCGCUUGGGACCAUGAGCGGUACAACACAAACACAAAUGGUCUCAACACCGGCGUCAACACUGGUGUCAAUACCGGCGUGAACAGCCUGAAUAACAGCAUCAUCUUGGAGAAACCGUCCCCUCCCAAAAUUCCAAAGCCCCCUAGGAAGGCUGGCGUGGACAUUGGAGAAGAUUUUGACAUGGAGGAGCAAUUGCCUAUGCCGGAGGUUUCAGAGAUGACUUUCAAGCUUGAUGAGAACAGCGUCUUCCAAGUUUACGAGACUGCGGCGUCAGCAGACCUCGAUCAACCGAUGGUGCGCAUUCCCGACAUCCGUGAGUACUACAUGGAUCUGGAUGAGAUUAUCAGUGUCUCUACCGAUGGGCCAAUCAAGAGUUUCGCGUUCCGGCGGCUACAGUAUCUUGAAGGGAAAUUCAAUCUGUACUAUCUUUUGAACGAGUAUCAGGAGAUUGCGGACAGCAAAAAAGUGCCCCACAGAGACUUUUACAACGUCCGAAAGGUCGACACUCACGUCCACCAUUCUGCUUGUAUGAACCAGAAGCAUCUGCUGCGUUUCAUCAAGAGCAAGAUGAAGAAGUGCCCUGACGAGGUCGUUUUGUACAGAGAUGGCAAGCAUCUGACCUUGAGAGAGGUCUUUGAAAGUAUCAAUCUGACGGCAUACGACCUUAGUAUUGAUACCCUUGAUAUGCAUGCCCACACCGACAGUUUCCAUCGUUUCGACAAAUUCAACUUGAAAUACAAUCCUGUGGGAGAGUCCCGACUUCGUACCAUUUUCUUGAAGACCGACAAUUUCAUCCACGGUCGUUACCUUGCGGAGAUCACCAAGGAGGUUAUGUCUGAUCUUGAAUCCAGCAAGUAUCAGAUGGUGGAAUGGCGAAUCUCCAUCUACGGCCGUGAUCUGGAUGAAUGGGACAAACUGGCUGCUUGGGUCGUCGACAACAAGCUGUUCUCGCCCAACGUGAGAUGGCUCAUACAGGUGCCACGUCUCUACGACGUUUACAAGGGCACUAGCCUGAUGGAGAACUUUGAGCAAAUUGUCGUCAACAUAUUCCAGCCUCUUUUCGAAGUCACCAAGGAUCCUUCAAGCCACCCGAAGCUGCAUAUCUUCCUCCAAAGAGUCAUUGGUUUUGACAGCGUCGACGACGAAAGCAAACCGGAGAGACGCCUUUACAGAAAGUUCCCUAAGCCAAGCAUGUGGAACACGAAGCAGAACCCACCUUACAGCUAUUGGUUGUACUACCUCUUCGCCAACAUCUCGUCGCUGAAUAUCUGGCGGAAGCAGCGUGGAUUCAACACAUUCCUUCUCCGGCCUCACUGUGGUGAAGCUGGUGAUACGGACCACUUAGCAGCGGCCGUACUUUGCUGUCAUAGUAUCAGUCACGGUCUUUUGCUCAGGAAAGUACCCCUGCUUCAGUAUGUGUUCUAUCUGGAGCAAAUUGGCAUCGCUAUGUCGCCAUUGAGUAACAACGCUCUGUUCUUGGCGUACGAGCGGAACCCCUUCCUGUCGUACUUCAAGCGUGGCCUUAACGUUUCGCUGUCUACGGACGAUCCGCUUCAAUUUGCUUUUACCAAGGAGCCACUCAUUGAAGAAUACUCUGUGGCAGCGCAGAUAUACAAGCUCAGCGCCGUGGACAUGUGCGAACUGGCCAAGAACUCUGUUCAACAGAGCGGAUUCGAACAUAUUGUCAAGCAACGUUGGCUUGGUGCCAAUUACCACCUGCCUGGAGUAUCUGGAAAUGACAUGGCCAAGGUCAACGUGCCUAAUAUCCGGGAAGCCUUCCGUCACGAGACGUUACAAGCCGAGCUUUCCAUGAUAUCGCGAUACACGAGUACAGCUGAAACCGAGCCCGUGACGGCAGACAACCUUGAACCCAGAACGCCACCCGAGCAAACCAAUCCGGAAAUAGUCGCUGCAUCUCCCACUGCUUCCAUGCGCACUAAUAUGUCGGCUGCCAAUGUCGACUCUGCCAGGCUCUUCUCUGGUCUUCCGCCGACAGCUGUCCCGCAAAAAUCCCCCGCCAAUGGAAAGAGUGGCCUUUUCCCUGUGGCCUCGCAUGGGGACUUGGCAAGCCAAAACCCGAGCUCAAAGAAGAGGGGGUCGAGCCUGCUUAUGGACAUCACCCGCAAGACGGGCCGUUCUUCUUCUAUGGUUGCGCACUCGCCCUCGGUCGUGCCGAUGCCUCAACCAACCAUUGCACCCCCUCUCAGUCCGCAACCAAGCACGACCUCGGCGCCAUCAUCACACGCUCCCAACCCAAUGAGCCUAGGAGAACCGAGGCUUUUCCCUGGCGUGGUCAGCAGAAGGCGUCGUAGCAGCGCACAGCCAAGGAGUGCGCGGGAAUCGUUUAGCAAUUCCGGGGCUGAGGGUACAUUGGCAGCGCUCAGGAAGAGCGUGACGUCUGCACCGACAGAUGGAGAUGCGAGUGUGGUUGAAGACCCGUUGGAAGAGGAGGACAGCGAAGAGCAAUGAAGUUUAGAGGAUGAAACGCGUCAUGGUGAAGGAGCAUUUGGAGGCCCAUGAGGAUUGGAGUCAUUUCGCUGUGAGUCAGGUAUUUGACUGAGAGUAGGUUGAUGACUCAUUAGAUGAAUUGCAGCGCUUCGUUUGUAGCUGAAGGUUGUUGAAAGGAUUUCGAUCUAGGAAAUUGACGCCCGA